UUCAGGUUGAUUUCCGCCGCCAACAGGAAGUCGUUAUAUUGUUGUUCCGGUUAGCUGCUGGCCGUUAGCUAUGUACUGUUUAUGUGUUGUUUUCUGACGGUUUUCCUUAUUAAAAAUUCAUAUUUUUGCCUAUUUUAAUGGAUUUUGGUUUCGUUGACUGUCACUGUCACAUAUCAGCCACCGAGUUCCAACUGGAUCUCCAGGAUGUGAUCCACAGAACACGGCAGGCUGGUGUAAAGACUCUGGUGGCAGUCACUGAAGAAGUUGAGGAGUUUCCCCGAGUUCUCCAGCUGCAGGAAAGCUAUCCGGAUCUCGUGGCGCCAUGUUUCGGCCUCCACCCCCUGCAGGCCGGCGGGGGUCCUGCUCAGCGCAGCGUGAAGCCUCGGGACCUUGAUGCUGCUCUGCCACACUUCUACAGUCACAGAGAACGCCUCGUCGCCAUUGGAGAGAUUGGGUUAGAUUUCACACCGUGGUGCGCCCCGACUCAGCAGGACAGGGACGACCAGAUGAAGGUCUUCAUCAGACAGCUGGACGUCGCCCUGGAGCUGGACCUACCUGUGAACAUCCACUCCCGAUCAGCAGCUAAGGUCACCAUAGACACCAUGAGACAACAAGGUGAGUGUUUCUGUCCUAUCCCAUGCAGGUGUGAAUGUUCUAACUUUGGGUCUUUACCAACAGGAAUCAGCCGAGCUCUGCUUCACAACUUUGCUGGGAAGCCAUCAGUCGCUCUGGAAGGUGUGAAGGCCGGUUACUUCUUCUCGUUCCCUCCUGCUGUCUGCAGAAAUCAACAGAGAGACAAGCUCAUCCGACAGAUCCCUCUGGAACACGUCUGUCUGGAGACGGACUCUCCUGCACUCGGGCUCCACAGACAUGAGAGGAAUGAGCCUGCCAACAUCGCUGUGUCCUGCUGCUACAUCGCUAAGGUCAAAGGUCUGUCGCCUCACACGGUUCAGCUCGUCACCGCUCAGAACGCAUACAGACUGUUCAGCAGAGCCAGCCAAUGAUACCGAGCUUCAACGGUGCAAAUACUUCCUCAUCAUAGGCUCAGAUUACUAAAAAAUUAUAUCAUUUUUUAUAACGUUGCCUUUGUAUUUAUUAUUCUGCCUAAAAGCAUAAAAACAUCUCACACAGAAUAAAUGUAAGAUAAAUUUAA